UGUAUUUACUAAGAAGAAUUCUGUGUUAUGGUAAUUGACCACAGGUGUGUUCGAUCAGCAUCUUAGUGAGAGAGCCAUUCGUUUUUCAGUCAUGUACUAGCGGCGACACAUCCCGAGUGUUUGUUGCCAUCAUUUAUCAGCGCUGCAGAAAGAUUCAUAUUCAUUGUAUCGUGAAAAUAUUCACUUUUGACUUGGCUUCCAAGUUUGUAAUAAUGCGAAGUAAGAAAAGGAGGUUCCACGGACGUGUAGUGAGUUGCUAGAUUUUUCAUAUACGUGGGAUUAUAUGUGAAUCAAUUAGGUUUUAAUUAUUACGUAUGGCAGCUAAUGUUACUGCGAUAGAUGACGUCUUACCCAGAAAUGAAACCACUUGUCCAAUACCACUUGAAGUGUUGGAUUUCCUCCACGAUUUCACCCGCCCCGACCUGGACACAAUCUGGCCCUGCCAAGUGAGAAUCUACUGGUUGAACUUGCAACCUCUCGUGCAAGUAGUCCGUGCACUAUUGACAUACGUAACACCGUUCAUAAUAGUUCUGGGUGUCACCCUCAAUGUUUUAUCAUUCGGCAUGCUCACCACUCUGGUCCUCUGUGAUACUGGAUUAUCACUCUACCUACGUGCACUUGCAAUAUCAGAUAAUGGUGCAUUGAUAUUCAAUUAUGCAGUGAGCAUCGCUAGAUCCCGCUGGACAGAGGUCAAUGCUCUAUUUAUGAAUAGUAGAUUCUUGUGUGGAAUGUACUCGGUGACAAUGGAGUUCUUUCAGAUAACAUCAACGUGGCUCGUCGUGUCGUUAACUUGGGCCAGGGUUGGAGCUGUUAUUUUUCCACUGCGAAGCAGAAAUAAACAUCACCAUCGAUCUGUUAUCAUCACUAUUAUUACCGUCAUCUGCAUCAGUUUUACCGUUUCGCUAACGAAAUUGUUUUCCGGAGGAUAUGAGUCAGAUAGUGUUUUCGAGUUCAUUCCGUGUCAACAAGUGGCAACGCCCUGGGGCAGCUCGAUGUAUGUGUACAUCGCUUUUUCCACUUGGUUACCCUCAUUGUUUAUCUUCUUGGGGAAUGUUUUGCUUAUUAUUCAUAUGAGGAAGUCGGAUUUAAUACGAAUUCAGCUGACCCGAACCACUCGAAAUCAGGUGAAUUUGGCAAGUCGAACUAGCAAAACUUUGUUCGCUGUUUCCAUUGUUUAUUUGAUUCUACUUUUUCCAUUUGGAUUUGUGGAGACCCUGGAACUCUACUGGGAUGUUAUUCUGAUAAAAUAUCCGUCAAAAAAUCCUGUAGAAAAUGAGCAAUACAUCAGUUGGCUUCAAGAAAAAUUGUUAUUAAAAUGGUGCAGAGGUUUUUUCUUCAACAUUUACCACUGGAACUUCGUCAUAAAUUUCUUCCUAUAUUAUUUAACAGGGAAGAAAUUUCGCGAUCGUGUUCUAAACGCUUUACGAAAGACUAAGAAGAUCAUCUACGAUAGAAAUAUAGAGCGCUGCAGAUCCUGCUGUAAAUUCACCCGAAAUUUACUACCAAUAAGACCAAAUAUUCUAGUGAUACAAGUAAUCACAAUCACUGAGCCUCGCGUCAGCAACAAUGUGUCACUGGAAAUUCAUAAUUUGAGUUUCCAGGAGAGAAACGACACACAUUUCUGAGACUGUUUCUACAUAAGAAAAUAAUCAUAGCAUUUUUCAAAUGAAUUACAGCUGUAGUAUUGAAUGAAAACACAGUUACACAGUUCGUCGAUUAAUUGUUAUUAAACGAGAUAAAAUAUCACAUUCUACAUCAGUAUAAUAUUAUAAGAUGUAAAUUAUUAUCAUUUUUUCACACUUUUCUUUAAAUUUUCUGAUAUAAAUAUAUACUUGGUAAACGAGUAUACCCAGAGGAAAAAAAUUUGAUAUAAAGAGAAUUGUAAUUUGGUCCCAAUAAUGAUUAUAUCUAUCCUGAUAUUUCAAGCAAAUAAUACUGAAAUUGAACGAGAGAAAAACAACUACGUGAAUUUUACAAAUUUAAUUACAAAAGCCUCGUUACACCCAGCAGAAUAAGGCAAAAUUCAAAAACAUUUCCUAGCACCCUUUUUACACUUAAUAUUCAGGUAUGAAAUUAAUUAUACGGAGUUAUGUACAGGAUCAAUCUUGACAAUGAAUACCUAAAUUAGUGAUAAUUAUUGUUUUUAUAUAAAUUAAAUUAUGCAAAAUGAUACAAUUUUAUAUCUCAUUAUUUUCAUCAUCAUU